CUGGUUCCAGGAGUUAGUCGGGUCCCUCCCAGCUGUUAUUACAGCCUUACUUGGCCAGCCUGUUGGUGAGGCUGCAGCCUGUGUGGUUCUGGUUCUGGUUCUGGUUCUGAUAGUUAAGCCAUAAACGCAGAGUUAAGUGGAAGCUUCAGGUCAGGGUCUAUGGGCGGUUCUGUGACAUCAGAAUGUGGGGUAUUUGCAGCAGAACUCUGGUGGGGAUGGCGAAGACCUGUGGACUUGGGAGACCACGUCACCUGGUGAAGCCCGUGUCUGCCACCCGGGUCGCCGGCAGGUACCUGACCCACCAGAGGGGGCUGCCGGCUCUGCCCGUGCCCCCCCUGCAGCAGACCUGCGAGCGGUACAUCACUGCCCUGGAGCCCAUCCUGGAGACGGACGAGCUGACCCGGACCAAAGAGCUGGUCCAGGACUUCCAGAAACCCGGAGGAGUCGGGGAGCGGCUGCAGAAGGGCCUGGAGAGGAGAGCGGGCCGAACGGAGAACUGGCUCUCUCAGUGGUGGGUUCAAGUAGCUUACCUGGACUACAGGAUGCCCGUGGUGGUCCACUCAAGUCCUGGUCUGGUUUUGCCCCGAAUGAACUUCAGUGAUAAACAGGGACAAAUAAGGUUUGCAGCCAAACUGAUAGCCGGUGUUCUGGACUUUAAGACUAUGAUUGACAAUGAGACUCUUCCUGUGGAGUUCCUGGGAGGGAAGCCUCUGUGUAUGAACCAGUACUACGAGGUGUUCUCGUCCUGCCGGGUCCCGGGUCUGAAGAGGGACUCUGUGGUGAACCACGCCAAGAGCUCGCAGCCACCCAAACACAUCACGGUGGUCCGCAACUUCCAGUUCUUUGAGCUGAACGUGUACAACAGAGACGGGACUCCUCUGAGCCCAGACCAGCUCUGCCUCCAGCUGGAGAGGAUCUGCCGCGCCGCUCAGGAGACCAGCGCCGAGCCCGUCGGACUGCUCACCACCCUGCACCGAGACGUGUGGGCCAGGGCUUACCUGAACCUCGUUAAAGAUGAGACGAACAAAGACUCCGUCCUAACCAUCCAGAGGAGCAUCUUCACCUUGUGUCUGGAUGGACCCGGGCCUCAGGGGUCCGAGGAGUCGUACCACAGCCGCGCUGCCGUGCAGAUGUUACAUGGAGGAGGCAGCCGGUGGAACAGCGGGAACCGCUGGUUCGACAAAACGCUGCAGUUUAUUGUCGGUGAAGACGGAACAUGUGGGGCUAACUACGAGCACGCUCCGGCUGAGGGCCCGCCCAUCGUGGCGUUGAUCGACCACGUGGUGGAGUUCACGAAGUCUGAGUCCGGUCCAUCUGAGUCCGGUCCGUCUGAGUCUCUGCCUCCACCCCACAAACUGAACUUCAAGGUCUCACCUGAGACCCAGGAGGACCUGCAGGAGGCUGAACGCAGCAUGGACAGGCUGGUCCAGGAUCUGGACAUGAAGGUCAAAGUCUUUCAACAUUUUGGAAAAAAUGUCCCCAAAACCUUCAAGAUGAGUCCAGAUGCUUUCAUCCAGAUGGCCCUGCAGCUGGCCUACUACAGGAAGUACGGGCGCUGCUGCGCCACGUAUGAGAGCGCCUCCCUGAGGAUGUUCAGACUGGGUCGGACYGACACCAUCCGAUCCGCCUCCAACGCCUCGGCGUCCUUCGUCAAGGCCUUCGAUGAUCCCAGCAAACAGAACUCAGAGAAGGUGGAUUUAAUGCAGAAAGCUGUGAACGCACACAGGUGGUACACCAACAUGGCCAUCAGUGGGCAGGCCAUCGACAGACACCUGCUGGGCCUGAAGAUGGAGGCCAUGGAGGAGAAACUGUCUGUUCCCGCCCUCUUCACAGACCCCGCCCACUCCAAGGCGUUACACUUCCACCUGUCCACCAGUCAGGUCCCGUCUAAGACGGACUGCGUGAUGUGUUUCGGUCCGGUGGUUCCUGACGGGUUCGGUGUCUGCUACAACCCCAUGGAGGACCACAUCAACUUCGCCGUGUCCUCCUUCAACUCCUGCUCACACACCGACGCCUCCCAGCUGGCCCAGGCCCUGGAGGAGGCGCUGCUGGACAUGAGGAGAGUCCUGGAACACACUCCCAGGUCCAAACUCUGAGAGUCCUGCCGAAUUCACGGCCCAGAGACCAGGACCUCCUGCAGACCAGGACCUCCUGCAGACCAGGACCUCCUGCAGACCAGGACCUCCUGCAGACCAGGACCUCCUGCAGACCAGGACCUCCUGCAGACCACGCUGCACUUUAUGAUUCUGGUCCAUCAGAUCAACAAUCAUCUCUGACGUUAGGGACUAAUUCAACCUGAACUUUUAUUUUACUUAUCGUCAUAAUUAAUAAACAGAUUUAUUUUUUAAAUCCUGAA